UGCAGUUGUCGUUACAAACACACCACACAACAUCUGGAACCUCAGUCCUGCCGCCCACUGUAGUAUUUUUGCAAACAGCGCUGGGUACGAUGAUUUUGGAGAUUCUCUCGCGAUCUCAGCAUGGCGUUUGAGGUAUCGUACAACCUCGAAAAUGAGCAACAAUUCUGGGACGAGCUCGACGAUAUUACGUCAACACGCUGUCAAGAGCACGAGAUCAUAGACAACGCCUUGCGCUCUUAUCUCAAUGUCACCACGAAUUAUAAAUCCGAGUACCUACAAACGGAUUACAGCGUGGCGAAAUGCACGUUUCGUCUCAUAGAAGGCGAGCUAUUCAAUACACAUAAGGAAUAUGUGCGAAGACAGAUAAUCUACUGUCUCUUGCAGGAAGACGAUAAUCCUACUCUCCACGUGGUCGCUGCGUUCCUUUUGUAUGACGGUCGCAAUAAUGGAACUGAUAUCACUUUCGAGAUGAUGCAGAAGGAGGGCGUAUUUCCACGUCUGGUGGAGUUGAUACGAAGUCCUACCGUGCAGGAAGAUACUCGACUGCAUCAAAUGCUUCUCGAGUUGAUGUACGAGUCUUCUCGAAUACAGCGGCUUAGUUGGGAGGAUUUAAUGACCGUGGACGAUACUUUCAUUCUUUACCUGCUGGACAUCAUCGAGGGCGUUUCGGACGACGCCGAAGACCCCUACCACUACCCUGUGAUUCGCGUGCUGCUGGUUUUGAACGAGCAGUAUCUAGUAGCCUCAACAACAUACCAUGCGAGUGGCAGUGGUAGUGUCACAAACCGCGUCAUCAAAGCCUUGUCCACUCAUGGAAUGACCUACAAGACUUUCGGGUGUAAUCUCAUCCUGUUGCUGAAUCGCGAGUCCGAAACUUCUCUACAGCUCUUGAUUCUGAAGGUUCUAUACCUUUUGUUCGGCAACACGUCUACCGCCGAGUACUUUUAUACCAAUGACUUACACGUCCUGGUCGAUGUCAUCCUCCGCAAUCUUAUAGAUCUCCCUUCCGAUUCUGCUAGCACCAAUGCGUUGAGACAUACGUACCUCAGGGUUCUGCAUCCUAUUUUGGCGCAUAGCCAGAUAAGCAAACCUCCUCAUUACAAACGCGAAGACAUCCUCCGUCUGUUACACCUGCUGGUGACUAGUGGCCAUCAUUUUGCACCUGUCGACGAAACGACCGUGCGGCUCGUCAAACGUUGUACCUCGGUGCAAUGGUUGCAAAUCACCCCAACCACUGCGAGCAACGCGGCAGACUCGAAUGGAGAAGCUUUGGCACAAUUACCGGAAAGCAGCAGCUCGGUUGGAAAGGGACAAAAAGAAUUCGCUCGACGGACACUUGGUAUGAGUGUCGACGACGGUAGUGAGAGCUCGACCAGCGUCCUGGCGAUUGCGGAGCACACCGAGAAACCUGGAGUUCAAACGCCAAGUCGAGGAAACCAAUGACACGAGGCUUUGCACACAAAUUAACGUAUCUCGAAUUCAAAGAAGGGUACGAAACCAGGGAUUCGUCCUAACAAAAGUCAAGUUGCACAUGUCGCAGCUUCCAACUGUACAGCCGAUUAGCGUAGGUGUUUUCUGUUCUUUUCUUUUCUGUUCUUAUCUUACGGAUAUGAGGUACUUUCUCGUACUUGCAUUGAUGGCGUUUUCUGAAGAUCUGAAGCGUUGCAGUCAUGAUUUUCGUCUGUCCACUUCGUGCAAAUAAUGCACAAAUCUUUCUUGCUUCUUUGCGUCUCUCUUACAAGUCUAAUCGUUCUCCUGUUCAUCUUUGCAUUCCCCAAUCUCUUCCCCUCUGCUGAGUUAGUUUUCCCAAUACACCUACCCUAUCAC